AUGAUUUUUCUCUUAUUAAGCCUCGCCGCAGCAAGCUGUAAGACAUUAAUUAGUAAUCAAGCCAAAUCCAGUUAAAUGACAAAGCUACGAUAAAUCUUCAAACACCUUAACAAUUCAAUGAAAUGCAUAUUCAGGCGGAUCAUCGCCUAUUUACUAUGUUUCUUAUACACAUUCAGGGACGACAUAUUCACUUACUCCCCCCCCCCCUCCGUGAGUGAACAAAAAAAUUUUGUUCACUCACGGAGGGGGGUUAAUUUUUUUUUUUUUUAAAAAAAUUUAUAUAUAAAUUUUAUAAAAAAUAUUUUUUUUUUCGAAAUUUAAAAAAAUCCUAAUUCGCAAAAAUUGGAAAGCAAAUAUUAAUUUAAUUUAUAAAAUUUAUGUUUUAAAAAGCAAUUCAUUUAAAAUUAAACAGAAUUAGCUCUAGAUUUCAUUAUACUAAUUAUCAUUUAUAUAUCAAAUUUUUUUUUCCAUAAAAAAUUUUUUCUAUUAAAAAAAUUUUUGUUCACUCACGGAGGGUGGGUUUUUGGGCAAAAAAUAGCGAUUUUUCUAAUGGUUUUGUUCACUCACGGAGGGGGGGGGAGUUAGCAGCACUUCAUCAACUUCGGCUACUAUACAAUGUAGCAGCACUGAUGGCAGCUUUUUAGACGUUUAUUAUCAAGUGACUGUGACUUCUGGGACUUCACCGACUUCAGACUCAGUUUCUAUGAUGUGCGCUGGAACUCCAGCUGAUGUAGUCAACUUAUCAUACUCGGCUUCCUUAAAUACUGUAACAGUAGCAUGGUCUGCAAACGGUAUUUCGAAUGGAGGGACUCCAAUCUUAGGCUUUAAUGUAUAUAAAAAGACAUCAAGCUGGGCAUUAUUAUCAGCAAUAUCAAAUAUACAUAAAAAUGGUGAUGACAGACCACCCGACCUCUCGACCCUAUUUCUUCAAAACCUGCAGGCAACAACCCAGUGUCGGGGAUUUAGGUGGAAAGGGUCGGUAAUCCUUUAUGUAUGAUCGGGUUGGGUUUUCCUCGGGCCAGGGAGAUAAUUCCUGGACUUAGAGUUUUCCUCCGGUACAACCCAUUGGAAAGGGCAAGGUCGGCCAAUGUCUGAAGGGCAAUAUGACCCUCAGACCCUGAAGACGGUAUUUGCCAACGAGAAACUGGGAGUUUCGACCCAGGUAGUUGGUCCUCAGGCUCCUGAAGCCAAGGAAGUCAAGACUGCUGCGCGAAUGCCUCGUUUGCGGCAACGGGGAAGGGUGCCCGCCGGGAUUCCUCAGGGAUGAUGAGCGUGUAGGGGUGCAAGUCCCGGCUCUUGCAAAAGCGAAUGGCACAAUCUAAUCUAAUCUAAUCUAAUCUAAUCUAAUCUAAUCAGCAAUAUCAAGUCCUACAACAUUUUCUUAUGUGGAUACUGUAAGUUAUUCAACUCAAUAUUAUUAUAAAGUUACAGCUUAUAACUGGGUAGGAGAAUCCCCAGGUGAUAACUCUAUCAGCGUUUUAAUAUCUCAGGUCUCCGAUCCAAGUAAAUCUACCACCACUUAUCCAUCCAGUCCCUCAGCAUUAUAUUCUUUUACCGUAGAAGUCAACAUGAAAGACUCCUCACUCCUCCCCCCCCUCCGUGAGUGAACAAAAAAAUUUUGUUCACUCACGGAGGGGGGUUAAUUGUUUUUUUUAAAAAAAAAUUAUAUAGAAAUUUUAUAGAGAUUUUUUUUUCGAAAUUUUAAAAAAAUCCUAAUUUGCACAAAUUUGAAAGCAAAUAUUAAUUUAAUUUAUAAAAUUUAUGUUUUAGAAAGCAAUUUUUUUAAAAUUAAACAGAAUUAGCUCGAUAUUUCAUUAUAAUUAUUAUCACUUAUAUAUCAAAUUUUUUUUUCCAUAUAAAAAAUUUUUCUAUUAAAAAAAUUUUUGUUCACUCACGGAGGGUGGGUUUUUGGGCAAAAAAUAGCGAUUUUUCUAAUGGUUUUGUUCACUCACGGAGGGGGGGAGUCAGGAAACACUGUGACAAGUCCUUCAACUUUUUUGCUUGAAGUCAGAGAUGUCUGUGAAGUAAAUAAUGGGUAUGAGUGCAUAAGGGUAAGCUCGACAAAUGCAAAUUAUGUGGCUGACUUGAUGGAUGGAUUUGAUUAUUCUUCCUUCACUGAUAAUGGAGAUGGGACGAUGUCAGCAAGUUAUACCCCGCAACUAGCUGGACCUUAUACUGUUUCGGUAAUCCAAUUACAACAAUAUGGGAUUUUAGGAAAUUAUUGGGACAAUGCAUGGUGGUAUUCAAGCCUUGAUAGCUCACAAAUUGAUAAAACUUUAAGUUUCAGCUGAAGUUCAGAUGAGUUUAUUACAUCUUAUGCGUCAAAUUUUGUAAGCGUUAAAUGGUUUGGCUUUAUUUUGCCUUUAUAUUCAGAAACUUAUACAUUUUAUGUGCUGGCAGAUGAUUAUGCGCAGCUUUAUAUUGAUGGAAUAUUAGUUGUGGACGCUUCUUCUAUAUGCUGCAGAGAAUACAAUGGAAAUGCUGCGCUAACAGCGAACUCUUAUGCAUUUAUUCAAAUAAAUUAUAAACAAUUGGAAGGAAAUGCUAAUAUAUGAGUAGGAUGGAGCAGCUAUUCACAAACUAAAGAAACAAUUCCUUCAAGCAAACUUUAUUCCCCUACAAGGGUCAGUGGGUCUUUAUAUACAUUAGAGGUAGGGGUUGGACUUAGUUCUCCUUCUUUAUGUUAUUCUACUACAAUAAGCUCAACUACUGUAGGAGUAAGCAAUCAGCUCAGUCUAUACUCAGUUGAUGCAAAUGGGAAUUUGCUUGAUAACCCAACUGAUGUCUACUCACUGAGUUUUUCGGGUCCUGCAACUGUGAAUUUUAACAGUGUCUAUGGAAGUGCUGGAAAAUCGACGGCAACCUUUAUAUUUAAGUUUAACCUUAAAUAGAUUACUCUUCAAGUCCCGUUCCCAUAUUGCCUCAACUUGGACCAACAGGUCUGAUUAACAGUGAUAGAUAAGUCUAACUGCCGAACUGCUUCUGUCCCCAAUCUCUUACUCCCUCCAUGAGCGAACAAAGCUAUUAGAAAAAUCCCUAUUUUUUGCAUAAAAAACCCAUUCUUCGUGAGUGAACAAAAAAAUUUGAUAUAUAAUUGAUAAUGAGUAUAAUGAAAUCCCUAGUUAAUUUCUGCUUAAUUUUGAACAAAUUGCAUUUUAAAAAAUAUAAAUUUGACAAAUUAUAUUUUCUUUCCAAUUUUAGCGAAUUGGGAUUGUUUUUAAUCUUAAAAAAAAAAUUUUACUAUAAAAAUUUAUAUAAAUUUUAAAUAAAAAAUGAAUCCCCUCCAGGAGCAAACAAAAAUUUUUUGUUCACUCAAGGAGAGGAGCUAGGACCUCUCUUUCUAUCCCAGUCUCAUGUAGAAUGCUUCUCUUCAAGCUGAGACUUUCAGGAAGUCGAUAACUUCUCUCACUAAGCAAGGUUGUAGGACUGUGGUCCUACCCCUAACUGCCAUAAAAUUGCAACUUUUAUACUUACAAAAUCAGGGACUUAUACUGCUACUAUAACAUUAUAUGGGACAUCUAUAAAAACAAGCCCGUUCCAGCUGACUGUAAAUCCAGGUUCCGCAAGUACGGAUACUUCAACAUCCUCUUUGUCAACACUAGCAUCCUCAUCUCUUACAGCAGGAACUGUAUAUACAAUAACUUUUAAUCCGCUUGAUGCUUAUUCCAAUUCAAUAACUUCAAGUGUUUCAGGUAUAAAUUUGGUUAUAAACUUCAUAGACAACAAUUCUUAUCAAAGCUCUUUAGGAGUUUCCCAACCUAGCAACUGGACUACAGUAUACGGGACCAACUAUUCUGGCACAUUUUCAGGAACAAGCAUUACUUUUGUGAUUUAUCGAGCUGGGAACUAUCAAGGAUAUGUCUAUAUAAAUCAAGCUAUAUUAUCAGGAUAUCCUCUAUCCUUAUCCAUCAUUCCUUCUUCGAUAUAUGCACCUUAUUGUGUAGGAGUUUUUUCAACAACUCAAGGAACAGCUGGGACUCAAUUUGCAUUUAGCCUGCAGACAAGAGAUUUGUAUUAUAAUAAUCUUGUUAUCACUAGCAUUUCUUCGUAUACCUUAACAGCUGUAGGACCUUCUACUGCUUCAGGGUCUUUAGUUAACACUGGAAGUGGCACCUUUGAUGCAACUUUUACUAUAAAUACCUCAGGGACUUAUACUCUUUCACUUUUGAUAAAUAGCUUAUAUGUCCCAAAUCUUAGUUCAAUUACUAUCAGCCCUGCCUCUUCAACAAGCUCAACUACCUCUUCAUUUACUUUAUCAUCCACUAGUGUAACAGCCGGAACUACUAUUACUGGGACUAUUUAUGCCCGAGACCAAUAUUCAAAUAUAAGAACUUCUUCAUCUGAUACCUUUACUAUAAGCAUUCUAGGAAAUACAGGGGCAAGUGUGUCAAGCUCUAUUGCAAAUAAUAAUGAUGGGACAUAUACUUUUACGUUUGUUCCAACGGUGGCGGAUACAUACACAGUUACUGUUGAAUUAAGCUCGUCUAGUCUAAGCUCAUCUGGAUCUACAGUUACUGUGUCUAUUUCCUUAAUUUCUGCAUUACAAUCAACAUUCUCUAGCUAUUCUUCACAAGAAGCUGGCACAGCUUAUUUAUAUAUAGCCCCAAAGGAUAAAUAUUCGAAUUCUAUUACAAGCAUUCCAAGCUCUUUGGGUGCUCAAUAUUUUUAUGCAAAUAUACAAGGAUCGCCCAAUACUCAAAUUAAAGCUGCCUAUGAAAACUUCACAAAGCUAAAAGUAGACUUAUCAUUUUUGACUGUAUCUGGAGAUUACUCAAUAUUACUUACACUUGUGCAACAAGGUGGACUUAUAGGGUUUUACUAUAAAGACCAAGCAUUUACUAGCUUGCAAUCAAAUAAUCCUUACUAUAACUUUAAUGGAGCUAGCCCGCAAAAUUAUACAGCAGUAGACUCGCAAAUAAAUUUUGAUUGGAAAAAUUCAGGCCCAAGCUAUUUUUCGACGGCUAUCAUUAAUUUAUUUUCUGUUAAAUGGAUAGGGAGAAUUUAUACAGCUGCGACAGAAACGUUUACAUUUUAUGUCACUUGUGAUUAUCUUAACUUAACUUAUUAAUAGAUAGGCUCUCGCUCUAAUUUUACGCGAAUACAGAGAAUCUCCGAUAAAGAAGAUCCAACCACUUUGCGACUGUGUAUUCCACCAGGGAUGGAAGUGCCUCUUUAUUGCCUUUCGGCUUCAAUGUUGAGUGGGCAGUCUUCUGAUUUGUGCAGCCUUGCUUGAAGAUGUUGGAGUAGAAAAGCAAGGGUUGUCCACACAAAAAUCCUAAAAAAGUGGAAUUUCUGGUCGGCUCUCGGAUAAAAAUGGAAAACACAUAGCCUAGGUGUAAAUCCUGGUUUCACGCUGGAGAAGUGCCCGAUUGGCCUAGGUAUGCCUGUAGACAUUUUUGGGUAGUCCAAUUCCAACUUCCAUGUCACCCUCCCUUGAGGCUAAUUCAUCCUUUAAAUCAGGCUUGGACUAGGCUCUGAUGCAUCAAGAAUUGCUUACCUAGCAUUGUCUGGGAUGGCAAAAAACCUUACAAGAUAUAAUUAAACAUGCACUCGAAGGAAGUCAGCAUAGCCGACCUCGAAGUGCUGGGACGCCAUAUUUAAUUAUAUGUCACUAGUGAUUAUCAAGCUAAGCUUGUUAUAAAUAGCCAAACGUUGCUGAAUAGUAUUGGUUCCACAGUUACUAAUGUCCAGAGUGGCUCAAUUAGUUUAGUAUAUGGGACGUUUUAUGAUAUAGAACUUGAUUAUAUAGCAGGCUCUGGCUCAGAAGUCUAUAUAAAACUUGAAUGGGAGUCCACAAGCAUAACCCGACAAGUAGUUCCUUCAAAUUAUUUAUUUUCUGAUUUAAAUUCUGCAUCAAAUCCUUAUUCGCUUACCAUAAACCCCGCCUCAACUCGUGCAUCAAGCUGCAAAGUCCUUUCAUACCCUGGAGACUCUAGUGGAAUUUCCAAUGCCAAAUCUCAAGUCGCUAAAAACUUUAGAAUUGAAGCCAGAGACAGGUAUAGAAACUUACAAACAACCGCGACUGACGCAUUCUAUGGAAUUGUAACUACAGGGUCUUCACCAAUAUCUUGCACAUUUUCUGCUGAUUCUGCAGGGCUCUACAAAGGUACAUUUACAGCCUCUCCAGCAGGUUCUUAUACCUUGUAUGUGUAUUUGCAAGUAAGCAGCGUCAAUUAUUUUAUUUAUUCAACUUCUGUGACUGUCAUCCCAGGCAAUACAGAUCCUGCUAAAACGAAAGUAACUGGAAUCAGCAAUACAAUAGCUGGACAGGAAGGAAGCUUUUUAGUAACUGCUUAUGAUUCAGCUGGAAACCAUAUUACUUCAGGCUUAGAUACUGUCACUGUCACUAUUUCAAGCUCUCAAAACACAGUCCCAUCCUCACAGAUUCAUGCUACUGACAAUUCUGAUGGCACAUAUUCUGUGACCUAUAUGAUUUAUAUAGCUGACACCUAUACAAUUUCGACCUCUAUGAAUGGUGUUUCAGCUUCCACAAGCUCUACAACAGUUACCCAUACUGACUUAAGCAUAAAGGAUUCUACAAUUUCUGCACCAAGUACUGCAACUCUUAAUAAAGUCCUAAGUGUGGACAUUUAUUUAAACGAUAUAUACGGAAAUGCUGUUAAUCAGACACAAAUCUGAUAUGUUUAUAUGACAAAGGAAGAUAACCCAAAUUUUAACCCUUUAUUUUUUGACGUGACAACUACAAGCUUGAUUGAUGGACAUUUUACAGCAUCUAAGAAUUUUAGUCAAGAUGCAGUUGAUAAGAGUGGAGCUUGUUAUUCAUCGACUCCGCCUUCUGAUUCUACUUGGUGCGAUUUUUCUGGGGAUUUGUCAUUUUAUGCAUUUAUUUUGACUUCAGGAGUGUAUGGCGAAUAUUACGAUACUAUCGAUUUCUCUGGUAGACCUCUAGAGAGCAUUGUGGACUCUUCAAUAAAUUUUGACUGGACAUCACAAACGACAGUGCAAGGUAUUUCUACUAGUAAUUUAGGAGUUAUUUGGAGUGGAUUUCUCCUCCCUAGUACUUCUGAACAAUAUACAUUUACUUUAACUGCACAAGACUGGAGCAGCGUAUAUAUUAGCAAUCAGAAAGAAGUGGAUACGUCCUCGAGUUCAACUUUUCAAUAUACUUUUACUAAAGAUUUUUACUAUGCUUUUAAGCUGGAGUAUUAUUGUUCAAGCGGAUCUGCUAAGAUGCAAAUUCAUUGGAGUUCUACAACUAUAGCAGAUGUAGCCAUACCUUCGUCGGCUUAUUAUCAUUAUCAAGAUAACAUACCUAUUGGAUCAUCAGCAGUGGUUAUCACAGGAGAUUAA